AAUUAAUAAUUUGAGCAGCAUUGGAGGAUAGCUUUUCUUUUUCUUUUGUUUUUUUUUGUUCCUUUCCAUACUCCAAUCUCUCUUCUUCUUCUUUUUCAGUGUUUGUCAACAACUAGGUAUGGUUUUGAGUUAACCCAUUUUUAGAUUUAUUUUUUCUAUUUUCCCUUUUCCUCAGUACGUUGCUUGUUGAAUUUUGGCUGAGGAGUUUACUGUUCAUGCACAAGUGAGCAUUAUCUUAUUCCUAUUGCUUUUGAUUGCAAUUUCUUUGUUGGCUUUGCUUUUUUACCUGAUCUGGGGUUCAUCAUUCCACUAUUUUCUUUUUGGGAGCUUGAAGAGGAAGCUGUUAGUUGUGGGACUUUGGUAAUAGAGAAGAAGAUUGCAUCUUCAUAAUUUGUUCUUUCAUGUUGAUGAUGAAGAUGGAGAAGAAUGUUACUCUUUUGACCAGAGAAAGAGAUCAGAUAAAGAGCCAAAUUAAAGCACACAACGUAGAAAAGUUGUCCCCUUUGAUAGUUAUUGUUCCUUGUGUUUGUCAAUGAAAGAGAGAGACCUUCUGCCAUCUUUUUUUAUCUCUUUUCCUUUCCCACACGUUUCUUGUCUCGUGGAUGUGAUGGCUCUUAUUACUCUCUAUUUUCUCUUUUGAAAUCCCAGGCUCUUUCUUCGAUUACGUUUACUUCUUCUUCUUCUUCUUCUGUGACUCUACUAGUAGUGGUUUCUUCUUCCAAUUGGGUAUCCCAAAAUGCCCAUGUAUGUGCCGAAUAGCCACACAAGAUUAGGAAACAUGAAGCUAGAUGUGGGUAGUGGUGGCCAAGUGCUAGAUCUUGAAACCGCUGUCAAAGAUGGCGUUUUAGGUGGAACCGGUGCCGGUGGGUUGAUUUCCUCUGCCGGCUCUGAGAAAUUGGAUCUGAAGAAGAUGAUUGAAGAGCUUGAAUCGAUGGAAGUGCCCUCGGUGUUCAUAUGUCCAAUUUCAUUGGACCCAAUGCAAGACCCAGUCACUCUCUGCACUGGCCAGACUUAUGAGAGAUCCAACAUCCUAAAAUGGCUUUCUCUCGGCCACUACACUUGCCCUACUACGAUGCAAGAACUCUGGGACGACGCUGUCACGCCAAAUAGAACUCUGCAGCAGCUGAUUUAUAGCUGGUUCUCCCAGAAGUAUUUGGCUAUGAAGAAGAGAUCCGAGGACGUGCAAGGGAGGGUUGUUGAGCUUUUGGAGACUCUAAAGAAGGUUAAGGGUCAAUCUAGAGUUCAAGCUCUAAGAGAGCUUAGACAGAUUGUCGCCGAACAUGCCACGGCAAAGAAGGCAGUUCUAGAUAACGGCGGAGUUGCGUUGGUUUCUUCCUUGUUGGGUCCUUUUACUAUGCACGCCGUUGGGUCUGAGGUAAUUGGGAUUCUUGUGAAUUUGGAUCUUGAUCUCACAUCCACAGCAAAUUUAUUACAACCUGCCAAGAUUUCUUUAAUGGUGGACAUGCUAAACGAGGGUUCAAUCGAGACCAAGAUUAAUUCUACGAAGUUGAUUUCAAUGCUGAUAGAAGGGAAGGAUUUCGACUCUGAAAAUGUGUCAAGCUUGAGCCUUUUAGCUGGGUUGUUGAGGUUAGUGAAAGAUAAGAGACAUCCAAAUGGGAUAAAGAUUGGACUUGGUUUGUUAAAAACCCUUUGUUCAUUUGAAUCUGUAAGGAACUCAGUUUUAAGCAUAGGGGCAAUUCCUCAUCUAGUGGAGCUGUUGCCCAGUUUGAACAAUGAGUGCUUGGAGUUUGCUCUUUACAUUCUAGAGAUUCUUUCAACUCUUUCAGAUGGGAUUCUGGCUUUGAAAGAUUGCCCCAAAACGAUACCCAACAUGGUGAGAUUGUUGAUGAAAGUAUCUGAAAAGUGUACUCGGCUUGCAUUAUCCAUAUUAUGCGCAGUUUGUCAACUUGCACCAGAAGAAUGUGCUGCAGUUGCUGUGGAGGCAGGCUUGGCGGCGAAAUUGCUGCUUGUAAUACAGAGUGGUUGUAGUCCUGAGCUGAAGCAGAGAUCAGCUGAGCUCUUGAAAUUGUGUAGUCUAAAUUACACAGCUACUAUCUUCAUUUCCAAGUGUAAGCUUACUAAAACGAUACAAUGAAGGAAAAUAGCAGUUUGUUGAUAUAUACGUAAUCCCAAGAAGCAAAGGGACUCUUGUAAAUAUCAAAUUUCUUUUGAUAAACUUCACAGAAGCUUCACAAUGUGGAAAUUGAGGCUAACAGCAUAUGUUAUAGUUAUUACUUGUUAAUCCAGUGUCUAUAAUUUGGUUCUGCACUGUGUAUCAAUAACUGUUUCCAUGGACAAGAGCUCUGUAAAGUACAUAAUCUGCAAUGGUGGUCAAAUUUUUUUUUAUUAAAAGGAAUUGUUUGAUUUAUGUAAUUUUUUGGACAGAUAAAUAAUCUCUCUGCAGCAAUUCAAAGACGGUGAAUCCUAGAACUAGGAUUUGGUGGUGAAAGCCAUGUCUGAGGAACCAUACAACCUUAAAACUAGUUGAAUCUUUCAACAUCAAUCAAAUUUAGCUUUAAACUUGUGGCCUUAAGGCAGAGUCAUGAAAGACGUUUCAAUGCAUUAAAAAAAUUGAAAGAAUUAGAUUCCAGGGGCCCUGGAUUCUACUUUUGUUGUCAUGAAUGCAUUCACACGGACAAAAGAGGGAUUAAAACAAGUGAAGUGGAGAAAGAAAGAAGAGCACAAGAUGUUGUCAACUUGAAAAGAAAGCAGCCAAACAAAUCUUCAAUCUUUUAUUGGAGUUGUCUGACCCCCUUUCUUUUUAUCAAACCCCAAAUGUAUACAGCCAAAGUUCCUCGAAUGAUCUUCUGAGCCUGGUUUUCGUUUUUAUUUUUGA